AUGAUUAAGCGUAAUCUUAAAUGGAGAAUUAAUUCCUAAAGAGAAAAUAUUACAGCCAAACCAAAAUCAAUUAGUAUUGAAUCUUCUCCUAGACGUCCAAUUUAUUUGAUUCGAAGAGAAGCUAAACCUAAAAAAUUAUAACUGCAGAGCCCUUUGUCGACUUAUACCAAAUAUGUCUUUCAUUCCAAUCAGAUUAGCCCAGUAAGUUCGCCAAACACAUCAAAAAUUAUUAAAUUGGAAGAAUAGCAAAUCAAUUUUGCGAACAAUAAUUUUAAUCAAGAAAGGAAGCAUUCAAUUAGUACUCUAUCAACAGAAAAUCGUAGUUUUAAACACAAAAUAUCGGCUCAUAAUAGACAUUUGUAAACAGAAUCAAUAAAACUCAUUACCCAGCAGUUCACCGAAUAAAAUGUUGAUAUCAUCAUUGAUAAUUAAGACAAAUAAUAGGAAAUAGAUAUUGAAUGUUCAAAUAUUGAUAUGUAACAAAAAAAAAUUUCGUUUAAUUACUUAUUUAAUGAUUAGAAAAAGAAAAAAUUUAGAUAAAGAGUGCAAAACUUUUAAUCAAAGGAAUAAAAGAAGACUAGUUCAUUGACAGAUUAGGUAAUGAAGCUGAUAAGAACUAUAAAAUAACCAUCAUAUCGUUAUGAGGCUCAUUAAAGAUCUUCUAGAAUUUGGUUGGAGAAUGCGUCCUUUGAGCCAGUAAAAUUAAAAGAAAACUACACAUUUUCUUAAAGUUAAUUUAAGUUUUAUUUUAGUUAAUAUUUUGAUAAGAAUUUAAAAUUUUAUAGGAUACUUGAAAUUAAUAACGAACUUUUAUAAUUAAUGAAUAAUUAUCAAUAAAAUGCUAAAGAUAUUCAAGAAUAACGUAAAGCUAUGUUUCUGAACAAAAUUUAUAGUCAGACUUAACUUGAGCAUUAUAAGACUGAAUGUUUGUUUAGAUUUUAAAAUGAAAUUUAAACCUAUGGAAUGAUAGACUUUUUAAAUGAAAAUUCUCAACUAACCAUUUCAGUAGAUCACAAUAAUUCUGAAUUGAAUGAGAAAAAAAUUUAAGAGUCAUUGGAAAUUGAUGAAGACGAAGAUUCGGAACUAUUUAAAUACGCGAAAACUAAUGCCUUAUCAAAUUUAAUUCCUAUUUAAUCAGAACAAAAUUAAAGUCUAAAUAAUCAUUAAUUUUAACUCCAAUCUAUCGUAUCAGAAUUAGAUAAAAAUUCAAAAAAUACGUUAUUAUCAGUUGAUUACUCAACCACUGAUUAAUAAAUAUAUAAGGAUAAUAUCAAUCAAAUUGUACCAACUUUUGAGGAAGAAUUCAAUAAUCCGAUAUUUUAUAAAACUUACGCCUAGCAUUAUAAUCAAACUUAUAACGACAUCCUAUUUGGUAAUUUUUGCAAUUCAAAUCCUAUUGAUGAUUUGGAAUACGAAGCUCCAGAUCUUAUAGCAGUUGAAAAAGGAAAUCUUUAAAUAGAAGAAGGGAUAGAUAAGAGAAAGAUGCUCAACUCUUUAAGGUAAAGGAAGAAUUGGCAGAGUGGAGUUUUGUAAAAAUAAAGUUAGACAAUUGAUGGACCAACUUAACAUCGAGCUACUAUACAAAUAUUUUCCAAUAAAUAAAGUUCAGAUAGUGCGGCAGGAUCACCUUAACUUCCAUAAAUAAAUAUCUUAUAGUAAUCUUCAAAUGAAUAGACUAUUAUGAAAAGCAUUAAAAAAUCCAUUCAUGGUAGGAAUGCAUUAUCACCCAAAUCUCCGCAUAAUCAAGAUAAUUCAUUUCAAUUAGUAGAUCCUCUAAUAAAAAGUCAAAACGAUACUUCUUAAGAUUCAAUAGGUGAAAUUAAAAAGAUUACUAUGUCUAAAUCUCAAUAACAGCUCCCAAAACUUAUGAUUGAUUCUAAUUAAAUCUCAUUAAGAACUUAGAACAAAGAAGACUCGAUCAAGUAUUUAAAGGAUAUAAAAAUGAUCUCAUCGGUUAAAUCAGAUAUUAUUUACAAUGAAUCAAUGUCAGAUUCAGUUAAAUCGAAUACGCAAUAAAUAAAUUUAAACAAUAAAGGUGCAAAUCCUCAAAGUAUUAAGUUGGAAACAAUGUUGCUCUUUGAUAAGAUGAUGAAAAGAAACAGGUCUAAAAAAAAGAUUGCCACUAUUAUGAUUGAACAUGGAUUAUUGAAUUAAUUCUAAGAGUUCAUGGAUUUGCAUAGAAACUUUAAUCUGAAUGGGCUUACCACUGAUGGUAUUCCUUUAAUUUCACUUGCGGCUGCAAAUGGUCAUGAAGGUAUUGUUAGACAUAUGAUGAAUUACAAUGUUAAUUUAAAUCAAAUUGAUAAAAAUGGAAAUACACCUCUUCACUAUGCUAUGAUUCAUAAUAAUUUCGAAAUAGCUGAUCUACUAUUAUAAAAUGGUGCAAAUCCCUAUUUAAAAAAUUAAGGAAGAUGA